AUGGCUCAACCUACCGCUCACGUUAUUCACGGUGGCAAGCAAGCUUCCCCGAACAACACGUGGACAAACUUUGAAUGGGAAGAGCCAAAGCUUGGCAAGCAAGUCCAUGGCGAGAUCACCACUGCUCGAGCCUUCGGGACUUCUGGGAAUCUCUCUUCCGGGUUCUGGAGGACUGGCGCCACGUCCCCAGGCGCCAACAGCGACGGGUCGCACAACCUCACCUAUUCAUCCCCCCUCGGAGACGAGACUGCGUGCAUUAUUGACGGGUCUGCUACCUUGACAGUUGUAUCCACUGGGGCUAAAUACCAAGUUGGCCCGGGGUCAAUUAUCAGUUCUCCCAAGGGACUCGAGGUCUACUGGGAGAUCGAUGCUCCCUUUUUUAAGAAGUACUGGUGUAUUUGGAAUGGCACCAAGGCAGCUGAUAACCUACCAACUGAUCUUCUAAUCGGCAACAUCAGCGACAGUCCGGACUGGGUUGACUACAACUUCACUGAGCCCAAGGAGGGUGAUCUCGUGGCUGGCGAGUUGUACUUCAUUCGCAACGGAGGGUCGACCGGUACCAUGCUGAGUGGAGUGUGGCGAUCUGGAAAAGGAAUCGCGGGUUCAGACCUGGACGAUGAAGGGACUAUGACAACACCCUAUACUGGAGUUCUUGGAGACGAAACAAUCCUUCUCUUGGAAGGAGAAGUUGAUGUCACGGAGACGGACAGUGGAAAGAAACAUAGCUUUAGAGCGGGAGACGCGAUUGGGUUGACGUCAGUUGCCCCUGCACUCCAGGUCGAUGAAGAAGCAGGAAACGACACAGACGUCGACUCUUCGCUGGGCUCUGAAACAAGCUCUACGACUUCAAUCACCUCUAGUAUCCUAAAAUACCGCCAGGAAAAUGGUCGGACGUUCCAUGCCUAUAAAGACGGACAGUAUCUAAUGCCAAAUGAUGAGCGAGAACAAGAUAGACUUGAUUUGCAGCAUCAUCUCUUCUUGCUGACCUUCAGCGAUAAACUCUACCUUUCCCCCGCCGGUCAAGAUGGACAUAAGAUCCACAAUGCCCUGGAUGUAGGAACAGGAACUGGGCUUUGGGCCACAGACUUUGCAGAUGAGCAUCCAGACACUUCUGUCAUUGGAGUUGACCUCAGUCCCAUCCAGAGCUCCUUCGUCCCACCCAACCUGAGUUUUCAAGUUGAUGAUAUCGAGGAAGAUUGGACGUUCAAUGUCAAGUUCGACUUUGUCUAUUGUCGCAUGAUGUCGGGCGGAUUGGCAGACUGGUCUGGCUUCUUUAAGCGAGCUUAUGAGAACAUUGUUCCCGGUGGGUGGGUUGAAGUCGCCGAUAUUCUAUGGCCCAUGACCAGCGAUGAUGGAACCCUCAAGGAGGACUCAGCGACGCUAGAGUGGGCUAGUAAGAUUAUUGAGGGGACAAAGCUUAUUGGAAGACCUUGUGAUGGGGCAAGUAAGUACAAGGAAAAGCUUGGGGCACAAGGCUUCCAGAAUGUCCAAGAAAAGAUCUUCAAAUGGCCACAGAAUACCUGGCCCAAGGACGCAAAGCACAAAGAACUUGGCGCAUGGCAUCUAGAGAACUCCAUAUCGGCAUUGGAAAGUACCAGUGUCGCCGUUUUCACCCGCGUGUUGGGUUGGAAAAAGGAAGAAGUUGAUGUUUUGCUGGCCAAGGUUCGUCGUGAACUGAAGGAUAGAAGCAUCCACUCAUAUUGGCCCAUUUAUGUUGUGUAUGGACAGAAACCGGAGGAUGCUGGAGUUCAUGCGUCUCAGACUAGCUGGAACUGGCUUGGGAAGAAGCUCUUCUAA